GAGAGAGAGAGAUUCUGCGGCGCUGAUACAGAAAGAAGAAAGGAGGAAAAAGGUGAAUCAGAACACGAUUAACGAUGCAUUUGAUAAAUGCAGUAAUGUUGACUCGAAUGGCGACUCGGAAUUCGGGUCUGGAACCGGAAGCCGGUGAAAUUCCAUUUGGAUCGUUAUUAUGGUUUACCUACGCCGGGAUCUCUUGCGUUCUUGUUCUAUUUGCUGGAAUCAUGUCCGGUUUGACGCUUGGUCUCAUGUCCCUUGGUCUCGUCGACCUCGAAAUUCUUCAACGGAGUGGCACCGCUGAGGAGAAGAAACAAGCAGCGGCUAUACUUCCCGUGGUUCAGAAACAGCACCAGCUUCUUGUUACGUUGCUUUUAUGCAAUGCCAUUGCGAUGGAGGCACUUCCGAUAUACUUGGAUAAACUUUUUAAUCAGUAUCUUGCUAUAAUUCUUUCUGUGACAUUUGUAUUGUCAUUUGGAGAGGUUAUACCACAAGCAAUAUGCACCCGGUAUGGACUUGCUGUAGGUGCCAAUUUUGUGUGUCUUGUACGAAUUUUGAUGGUGAUUUGCUAUCCAAUUGCUUAUCCCAUUGGGAAGAUUCUUGACUGUUUACUGGGACACAAUGAGGCGUUGUUUAGGCGUGCACAAUUAAAGGCUCUUGUCUCCAUCCACAGUCUGGAGGCUGGAAAGGGUGGCGAACUCACCCAUGACGAAACAACAAUCAUUAGUGGUGCUCUAGAUUUAACUGAAAAGACAGCUGAAGAGGCUAUGACACCCAUUGAAUCAACUUUUUCUUUGGAUGUAAAUUCAAAAUUGGACUGGGAAGCAAUGGGAAAAAUCCUUGCUCGUGGUCAUAGUCGAGUUCCUGUCUAUUCUGGGAAUCCAAAGAAUGUUAUCGGGCUUCUACUGGUGAAAAGUCUCUUAACAGUACGACCUGAAACGGAGACCCAAGUCAGUGCGGUUUCCAUUCGGAGGAUUCCCAGGGUCCCCUCGGACAUGCCUCUUUAUGACAUAUUGAACGAAUUUCAGAAAGGGAGUAGUCACAUGGCUGCUGUGGUGAAAGUAAAAGGAAAAAACAAGGCUCUUCCUCCUACAUUGGAUGGAGAAGAAUCUGAGGAAAACAAAGGCGUGGAAUCCCAAUUGACAACUCCUUUGCUACGUAAGCAGGACGAGAAUUCAGAUAAUGUAGUCCUUGAUAUCGAUAGAGCUUCCAAGACUUCUGGCAUAAGUAGCCAACCUUCUUACCGACGCAAUGAUGCUUCUUCUAUAAAUGGGUUGAACCAUUCUUCAGAGGACAUAGAAGAUGGUGAAGUUAUUGGUAUCAUCACCCUUGAAGAUGUAUUUGAAGAACUUUUGCAGGAGGAGAUUGUUGAUGAAACGGAUGAGUAUGUUGAUGUGCACAAAAGAAUUCGUGUUGCUGCAGCUGCGGCUGCUUCUUCUAUGGCAAGAGCUCCAUCAAUUAGGAGAUUAGCUGUUCAGAAGGUAGCAGUUUUUAUCUCAUUUUGAUAUACAUUCCACAAGUAUCAUGUUUUUGUUUUGAAUUGUUCUGUUUGGAAUGGUAUCCUUUUACCAGCAGCAGGGUAAACUGCCAUAUUCCUAGGUCCUUUUUGAGCAUUAAGGGGGUCGGAUUGGUUUGAUCGAAUACCAUCUAUUUGUUGCUUUAGACUUGUACUUUUAGUUAAGGAGAUGAAUCGAGGUAGAUCAAUUCUAUCAUUAGUAAUUCCAGAAUAUGCUCCCACCGCCAGUUGAUAUUGUCCUCUUUAGACUUUUCGCUUCUCCUCCUCACGGUUUUAAAACGCGUCUGCAAUGGAGAGGGUCUAGCCCUUACUUUGAUCGGUGCCUGGCACCGUCUAGUGACUGGCUCCGAUACCAUUUGUAACAAACCAAGCCUACUGCCAACAGAUAUUGUCCGUUUUG